UGAAACCAUAGAAACGAGAAUGAUGUUUACUGCCAGGGCAGACCAUACUCGGGUAACAUCAAGUUACGAAGAUUAACAUUCUGUACAUUUCAUUGCUUGAAACCCCAAAUACCCAGAAUCGUAUCGUUUUAUAUAAAUACUCAGCUAAAACUGAGUGUUAUUUAUCUUGUUUUGGUGGCAUAGCUUGGCAGUUCCAGGGCUUCUUCAGUUAAAGUUAGCUGGUUAGCUAAUGCUCGCCUUCUGUUGAGUGGAAAUGUUCAAAGCAAAAAUACUUUUUAUUGGUCCCAGUGAGAGUGGGAAAACGGUUCUUACAAAUUUUCUCUCUGACACAAUGGAAAAUGUGGGAGGUGAAUACAGACCUACUCAGGGAGUCAGGAUACUGGAAUUUGAAUCACAAGCUGAAGGCAGUGGUGACAACAAGACAUGUGAGGUUGAACUUUGGGAUUGUUCAGGAGAUUUCAAAUUUGAAUCAUGCUGGCCUGCACUCAUGAAGGACUCCAGUGGUGUGGUGAUCAUUUUUAAUCCGGAUGUUCCAAGUCACCUCAAAGAAAUAGAGACGUGGUAUUCGAUGUUCAUCUCCUCUCAGGGUUUGCAGGACAAUCAGUGCUUACUCAUAGCCCACCACAAACCCGGCAGCGGAGUAGAAGAUGGACGCCUGCCUUUAGCCUCACAUUUGAGCAGACUGCCACUUAUUCACUCCAACCUGGAGGAGGAACCAGAGGACGUGAGGCAAGCUUUCUGCAGAUACUUGGGAAAUGUUGUAAAUACAAUGUCAGAGAGUCGGGAGAGAGAGGAGAUGUCAAUCAUUACAUAAGGGCAAAAUCUAUAAAAUAUGCACCUUAAUGAAGAAAAAUAAUGCUGGCAUCGGCAAUCUCUGUGUAUGUAACAGUCACCAACACUUCUCAUUUUUAAGUAAAUUAUACAUCUUUAGUCAUUCAGCUGUGCAUAAAUCUCUCAAAACCCCUUUCAAACUCUAAUAUUUUCCUAAA